UCCACACCUCUUCUGUAAUGCGAAAAAAAAGAAGAAAAAAAUGACUUGAUUAAUUUAAUUAAACUUUCUUCCCUCUCUCUCUCUCUCUAGAAGUAAAAAUCCACUGAUCUUAGCUCGCUCUCUUUCUAUCUGGAAAAUCAUUUACCCUGCCAUUGAAACAAAAACCCUAAAAGACCAACAUUCCAAUGGAUCAUUGAUCUGAGUUGAUUUCUAUUUUGUGUUGUUUGUCGAAAUGUAUAAGAACCAGCUACAAGAGCUGGCACAAAGGAGUUGUUUCAACUUGCCGUCAUAUGCAUGUAUAAGAGAAGGUCCUGAUCAUGCCCCGCGUUUCAAGGCUACAGUGAAUUUCAAUGGAGAGAUAUUUGAGAGUCCAAAUUACUGCACAACACUACGUCAAGCUGAACAUUCUGCUGCUGAGGUGGCACUUAAUGCACUUGCUACCUCUAAUUCCCUCGCUGCUAGAAUUCUCGAUGAGACGGGGGUAUAUAAGAAUCUAUUACAGGAAGUUUCACAAAGAGUAGGAGCAUCAUUGCCAGCAUAUACAACCUUUAGGUCCGGUGUAGGACACCUUCCCGUCUUUACCUGCACAGUAGAGUUGGCAGGUGUUACAUUUACUGGAGAGCCAGCUAAGAAUAAGAAGCAAGCUGAAAAGAAUGCAGCAAUGGCAGCCUGGUCGUCUCUGAAGCUACUGGCACAGCAGUCUGAAAGUUCAAUACCUGAUAGAGGGAAAAAUGAUGAGCAAGAGCAUGUAACGGUGGCACGUUCUCUAAAAAGGUACAUUUUGAAGGCAAAGCUAGCUAAAGUACCAUUUCCAAUUAAAUUUCCAAUGCCUAAGCCCAGACCAUCAAGUAUACAGCAGUUUCCACCUUCAACAUCAAAAAUCCUUCCCCUAAUAUGCCCAAGAACAGCUACACGCCCUAGACCAAUCAGUCCAUUAUGUGUCAAAACUGCUUCUCAAAGUCGACCUAUUAGUGCUCAAGGGAGUAAUACAUCCUUGAGUCCUAGAACAGCUCAAGCAAUCAGUAGUAUUCUAAAUGAAAGCUUCUCUGUGGAGAGCCACAGUGUUCGAGCAGAUAAGUUCCCUGCUGUUGAUGCAGCGCCAUAUAUUCCUGUCAGGCAUUUAGGCCCAAACCAUAGAAUGGCGCCUCCAGUGACAAUAAGGAAUGCAAUUCCUGUUUUCUCGGCACCACCACUUCCUCCAGCAUCUCAAUCUCCUAGCACUUUAAGGCCACCGGGAUUCGGAGUGGCACCACCUGUCUGCGUAAGACAGACGGUGCCAGUUUAUGCUGAUCCCUCUACUCGGCCAGACAAACUACCGGUAUUAGAUCCAGAACUUCAAGUAAGGACACCGCCAUUUUCUAGAGCUCCACCUGUUCGAGUUGAGGAACCAAUGACAUCAAAGGAACCUGAAAUUCUGGUGCAGGACUUGCCAGCUAAAGUACUAGCAUUACCAAAGUACCUCCUGGAGGGCCAAAUUGCGGAGAGACCAGGCUCUCAAGUCCAACCAGCCCAGCUGGUAAGGCCAAUUGAUUUUGAAAAUUUACCAACUCAAGUCGAUCCCGUGGUUUCAAAGAACUCAACAGUGCCAGCAGAAGGGACUGGGAUUGCAGUUAAUAAGAAGCUGCAAGAGUCUGAAGAAAUAGAGAAAAUGAAACAGCUAAAUAUCUGAUGUGAUCUCGGGCAUGGGAUGUUCUAAAAUGCAGGAAUCUAUUGUAGGCGGUUGUACUGAUAUCUAUCUUGUACGUCCUUAUGGGCUUAAAAUUUUCAGUUACUUACAUUCUAUUUGGAAUGGGUAUAGCUGCCUUACCCAUGUUCUCUCGAGUUCACAUUGCAGUUCAGCGCCAGCAAUAUGCGAAAACUGCCUCUGGUUAUCUGGAAAAUGGAUGUGUAGUAUAUUAUAAUAGCAGUCAAUAUAUGUAAGUUGCUUAUUAGUAUGAGCAAGUAGAUGUGUAGUUCGAUCAGAUCUUUCCUAGAAUAUAUGGGUGCACUGAUUAGGUCUAGCUUGUUGCUUCUGUGAAAUAGUCUGCCGUUAUUAAUGCAAUAUGCUUUUAUUUAUCUUA